AUGACAGCUCCACCUUGCACGUUAACUCCUGAGGGUGCUUUAGAGGCUUUUCAAGAAGCCAAUAGACAAGAUGACAAGCCAAGGGAGCGUUUUUUUGUUAACAGAUUGGAAGGAAGCAAAGAACUCAAAAAAGAUAUUCUGAGUUUGUAUAAAGACCCUAGAAAGAGCUGCCCCAAGAGUGCGGUUUGAAGGUGAAGAAGCAGUAGGUGCGGGGCCGGUACGGGAGUUUUUUCACUGUGCCCUGAAGAUAAUAGAAGAGCUGAGGGAAUGCAUGGUGAUGGGAGACCUAUUUUAUUCUUUGAAGGAGAAAGUGAUCAUUUACUUCCCAUUCACAACCAGAUCCUUCAGCAAAUGGGAGCAUUUAUUAGCAUUGGCAAGAUAAUCAGCCAUUCUAUCUUACAUGGAGGGCCAGGUGUCUAUGGGCUUUCUCCUGUGGUAAAGCACUACUGGGCACAUGGUGACCUUGGAAAAGAUCCUCCUCCAAUAGUAAUUGAAGAUCUUCCAGAUAUUAACCUGCGUGAAACUAUACUGGAGGUUUGUAAAGUAUAAAAUUAAUUGUUUUUUCCACAGACAAAUAUAAGGGACCAUGUUGAGCUCAACCAUUUACUAACAUACAGGCUGACCUGUACACAAUAAAAUUAGUACACAAUAGAGCUGUGGUACCAAAUGUUUGAACUCUGAAAAAACAGAACAGCCAUCUGGCUGAGAAAAAGGCCUACAUAGUGCCAAGAAAAGUAGAAAAGGGAUGUCACAAUAAGAAAGCUACACAUAAAGUAUUUAUUUAAGAUUAGACACCCAUAUAUCAUAGUGGUAUCCUCAAUUUUGUCUUUCCUUAGCAUGAAUGACUGUUUAUAUUAAACAUACGUCUUUGUGAAAUGGAUGAAUUCCUAUUUAUGACAAGAACAUAAAACAAGAACGUGGUUCGAUAAACUAGUACUAGAUCCUAUUGGGCAUAUAAAACUUAGUGUCCAGUCCUUAUCAUAUAAUUAUUGCAUUCUUCUCUAUAAAUGGUUUGUUUACCAUUUCUUUCAACAAAACUUGUUUUGGUUGGCAGUUUCAACAGUUGAAUGCUGAGGAGAAAGUUUCCAAUGAACUGAGAGAAAGCCUUUCUGCAUACAUGUUGGAGGCAGGGUUGGAACCAGAACUGCUCUGUGGUGGCUGA